AAACGAAUGCCCACCCAUGAUCAAACCCAGGAACCCACCUUCUUCCAUUCUCUCAGAAACAAACUCCGCUCCCUUGUUCCCCGUUUCCGCCGUUCAAAGCUGCCGUUCGUCCUCGCCAGCUUCCAGCCGCAUCCGCCUCUCCCCAGUUCUUCACUACCGUUGUUCAUCUCUUUGUAACUCUUCUGUGGAUUUGUGCGAUUCAUCUUUGGGUCACGAUUUUUAGUGAAAAAUGAAGGAAGAAGAAGUGAACAGAUGCCAAAUCCAAGAAUGGUAUCCAAAAUUCAAAUCCACAACCAUCAAAACAAUAAUCCAUGAGCUCCCGGAAUCCUUCAUUCAAUAUCUCCUCGAUGAUUCCGGUCCUUUCCUCCUUCCACUUUCCAUUUCCAAUUCCGAUGCAUUACCCAACAGAAUCCACAAUUCCGAAGACCAACAAGACUACAUUAUAUCCCAAGAACAAGAAUCCGAUGACGAAUCAGAACAACCACCACCACCACCUUCCUUCCCGGAAUUGGAAUCACAAAUCAACGAAUCAAUCAAAACACUCGGCGGUGCCAUCUUCCCUAAACUCAACUGGACCUCCCCUAAAGACUCUGCUUGGAUCAGCUCAACCGGGACCCUCAAAUGCACCUCGUUUACCGAAAUCGCCCUUUUGCUUAAAUCAUCCGAUUCAUUGGUCCACGAUCUUUGCCACGCUUAUGAUUUGUGUAAUGACUGUAAUGCCCCUAGACCUGAUCGUUUCUUCCUCGCCCUUCGGAAAUGGUACCCGUCUCUCCACCCGGAAAUGGAAUUCCGUUGCUUCGUCCGGAAUCGCAUCCUGGUCGGAAUCUCGCAACGAGAAGUCACGGGAUUUUACCCGAUUCUGAUCGAAAAGAAACAUGAGUUGGAAACGGGAAUCAAGAAAUUUUAUAUUGAGAAUGUGAGUAUGAGAUUUGAGUCGGAAAGUUACACGUUUGAUGUGUAUGUGAGAACGGAUGGGGAGGUUAAGCUUUUGGAUUUUAACCCGUGGUGUGCGUUUACAUUGCCGUUGUUGUUUACAUGGCCGGAAUUGGAAUCGGAAUCGGAACCGGAAUCGGUGAGAGGCGGAAUGGAAUUUAGAAUUGUGGAGAGUGAGUGUGGAGUGAGGCCGGGUUUGAAGACAGCGGUUCCAUAUGAUUAUUUGGAUACAAGUGAAGGAAGUGGUUGGGAUCAGUUUCUUAGAAAUGCUGAUCACGAAUUCAGGCGACAAACGAGGUCGGCUGGUGCCUAGCUUUAUCAAGUUUUUAUGAAAUAGCAAUUUACUUUUUAAUUUCUUUUUUCUGAUUAUAUUAUUGUACUUUUUUUUUUGUUAUUAUAACAUUGUACUUUCAAAUUAUUUUGUUUUUUUUUCAUAGCUAACAAGAGCUUCCACUGGAUGUGUUUUUGAAGUGAAA